AUGGUUGAAAAUACAAAUCGUUCAAGUGAUCAAGGGGAAAUAUUAGUGGACAGUUUGGGGAGAAUGAAUCAACAAGGUGUAGUGGGAGGAGCAUCUACAUCACAUGACGAGCCCAUCAAUCACUCUCAAUCAUCAUCUCGAAGCUCCACACAAACAAAUUAUUCUUCUCACCUCAACACUUCUGAAGAGAAAACUGACGAGCAAAAUGCUUAUUUGGGUGAAGACCUUGAAGCUGGAGAGACUAAAGCUGAACAUCAUCCCUCAAUGUAUGACUAUCCAAGAGACGGGGAUGAGUUGUCAAGGAUUGAAUUGAACGCUCAAUUAUCACGCGAGCUUUCAAGAAAAAUCACUAAUACGGGAUCCUUCCUAUUGCAAGACUAUGGUAAUACUGACCUUUCUAUGGGAGAGAAUAUCCCUUUCCCACCAAAGUUACCAGAUAGAACUCCGUACUGUGUCUCCUUCAAUGGUUUGGACGAUCCCUGCCACCCACAUAACCUCCCAUUUUACAAAAAGAUGUUGUAUAGUGCUUCUGUUGCAAUGGCAGCAUUUUCUUUUUCAAUGGGCUCAUCUAUGUUUUCUCAAGGUACUAAAGAAGUCAUGGCUAUAUAUCAUGUUGGUGACUCAGUUGUCGCGUUGGGUACUUCGUUGUUUGUGUUUGGUUUUGCUGCCGGGCCAGUUAUACAUGGCCCAAUGAGUGAACUAUUUGGCAGAAAACCCAUCAUGGUAAUUUCAUGUUUUGGAUAUGUUUGUUUCCUGUUUGCUGCAGCCACCGCUAAGGACUUGCAAACGAUUAUGAUUUGUCGUUACUUUUCCGGGUUUACUGGCAGUGCACCAUUUGUUGUUGCUCCAGCUGUAAUGGUUGAUAUGUUUAAAGCGAGAGUGAGGGGAAUGGCAAUGUCGGUAUUUGCGUGUGUGUUAUUUGGUGGACCCAUGAUUGCUCCUAUAUUGGGUGGGUUUAUUGUCAAAAAUCCAAAUCUAGGCUGGAGAUGGACUUUGUAUAUGUCAGGGAUCAUCGGGUGCUUGUCCUUGGUGAUGAAUGCUUUUAUUUUAAAAGAGACACAUCAUCCGGUGUUGUUAGUCAGAAAAGCGGAAUUGUUGCGAAGACAUACAGGUAAUUGGGGUAUUUUUGCACCACAUGAAGAAGUAUCAUUAAGUUUGAAUGAGAUUGUGAGGAACAAUAUCAUGAGGCCAUUGAAGUUGCUUUUCACGGAGCCAAUUGUUUUCCUAGUCAGUAUCUACAAUGCGUUUGCCUAUGGUAUGCUUUAUGCUUUGUUGACGGUAAUCCCUAUAAUCUUUUCAGGUAGAUAUCACUGGUCACAGGGUGUUGGAGAAUUACCAUAUGUAUCAAUGUUGCUCGGAGUGUUUUCGGGGGGUGCGAUCAUUGUAUAUUCCGAGCAUUUAUUGAACAGAAAGAUGGAUGCUACUGGGAAGAAAUCUGCUCCAGAGGCAAGAUUACCCCCAGUUAUGAUUGGAGGGUUUGCAUUUGUCAUUGGUAUCUUUUGGCUAGGCUGGACUGGUGAUUAUGCUGAACAUGUCCACUGGAUCGUCCCCGUCAUUGGUGCGUUUUUCGUUGGUAAUGGAUUGAUGUUGAUCUUCUUGCCCACCAUGAACUAUAUCAUCGACUGCUAUUUAUAUAUUGCUGCAUCUGCUUUAGCUGGAAAUACCUUUCUUAGGUCUUCAUUUGGUGCUGCUUUUCCACUAUUUACUACACAAAUGUUUAACAACUUGACCGUUAAAUGGGCCGCUACAUUGUUAGGAGGUUUGAGUGUGUUGAUGAUUCCAUUGCCGUUUAUUUUCUACAAGUAUGGAGCAGCCGUUAGACAUAAAUCGAAAUAUGCUAUGAAAUAG